CGUGUAUCGGUUUUAUUUGUGCCAUGUGCAGUAUUGCCCAUGUAUUAUUUUUUUCCUCUCGCAAUUAACCUCUCCCCGUUUCCGACCAAAAACUCCUCUAGUCUCUUUGCUUCCGACUGGAACCAGCUGGGAUUUGAGCUGGAUUCACAGUUGGUGCUCAAAUGCAGUGGCGACCUGUUGUCUAAAAAAAAAAGAUACACAGUUGCAACAAUUGAACAAUGAAUGGAAGAUAUGCAAAAUGUAACGACAAUCGAAGAAAGGUCUCUCGUUUUCCUUUCCUUUUACUCAGUAGUAGGGUCUCGAUCCGAAACAUCGCCUGUUCCUUUUCUCCAGUCAGCAUGCCUGACCGGCUGAAUUAAUCCAGCAUUUUGUGUCCAUGUUCGGUGUAAACCAGCAUCUGCAAUUCCCUCCUACACGGGUUUAUAGAUUAAUUGGCUCCUGUAAAUUGCCCCUGGUGUGUAGGGUAGAAGCAGCGUACGGGUGAUCGCUCCGGACCGGAUUGCACGCUGUAUCUCUUAAACUAACAGAACGACGCUUGAUAAACGGGAGAUUUGCGCAGAGGGAGGGAAGGGGCAGCUUUUGUACCAAGAUACUAAUCGCACUUCUGGCGCUGAUACUAGUCAGGGGCAAGGACUGCCCUCUCGCCAAUAAGAUCGCAGUGGAAGAAACCAUCGGAGAAGCCGAUUCCCAGCCGAUAUAAAUAAAUGCGCCCGGGAUACGUGUGCCGAGUGCUCGGGCUUCCUCGAAGGAAACAGGGUGUCCGCUUCACCGGCUGUGACCACGGGCCAGGCAGCCACCCACCCUCACGAUGCAAGACCAUACCUGGGCACCCAUUGCCACUUGGGCGCCGGCUGCCGACUGGGACACGGAGUCCUAUGGGAACACAACAGCGGACUUGGCCGCUCAGACAGAUAUGCAGGGAUCCAGCAGUGGGAGCGGUUCCCAAGUUUCCACCCCAACUGGUCUUCCCACCCAACCCUUCUGGGACUCUGCGCUGAGCCAGGGCGUCAAUGUGUUGGUGGCGGCGAUCCUGUGCUUCAGUAUGUUGGGGCUCGGCUGCACUGUGGACAUGCCCCGCCUGGGAGGCCACAUCAGGCGGCCGCUGGGUGUCCUGCUGGCCGCCGUCGCCCAGUUCCUCAUCAUGCCCAUGGUGGCCUUCCUGCUCGCCCUGGCCUUCUCCCUAGACGAGGUGGCGGCCGUGGCCGUGCUGCUGUGCGGCUGCUGCCCCGGCGGGAACCUCUCUAACAUCAUGGCCCUUCUGGUCAAUGGAGAGAUGAACCUCAGCAUAAUAAUGACCGUGUCCUCCACUCUCCUGGCGCUGCUGCUGAUGCCCUUGUGCUUGUGGAUUUACAGUCGAGCCUGGAUUGACACUCCGGUGGUUCAGCUCCUGCCCUUUAGGGCGAUAAUUCUUACUCUCUGCAGUACUUUAAUCCCCAUCGGGUUGGGAGCCUUCAUCAGGUUCAGAUUCAGCAGAGCAGCGGACAUUGUGCUCAAGAUUUCACUCUGGUCCUUGAUGGUCACUCUUUUAAUCCUCUUCAUCCUCACUGGCACCAUGCUGGGCCCUGAUCUUCUAGCCACUAUUCCAGCUUCCGUAUACAUCGUGGCUCUGCUGAUGCCCCUCGUUGGAUGCGUUGCUGGUUACGGCCUGGCCACCCUCUUCAAACUGCCUCCUAACUGCAAAAGGACAGUUUCCCUGGAGACCGGGUGUCAAAAUGUCCAACUCUGCACUGCCAUCCUGAAAUUAGCCUUCCCGCCCCAGAUAAUUGGCGGGAUCUACAUGUUCCCACUGCUCUACGCUCUGUUCCAAGCCGCAGAAGCCGCCCUCUUUGUUUUGGGGUACAAACUGUAUAGGCGAGAGGUGUUGCGAAAGCAGGAACCAUCAGACCAGGAGGAGACGGACAUUUCCUACAAGAAACUCAAAGAAGAAGAAAUAAGUGAAUCUGUUUACGGAGCUGUGAGCGAACACCACAGCACAGCGAUAGAGCCCACUGUGAGUGUAACGCAAAUGUGAAACUUCA